CGGUAACAGAGGUUUGGGGCCACGCGGCGGCACCAGUCGCUCCUCUCAAACCGCGAAACACGUCCCGGCGUCCUCGAGGACCGAGAAUCGCGAGAGACCAAGCUCUCUCCUCCUCUCCCCUCUCUCUGUCUCUUUUUCUCUUUCGCACGCACGAGCACACUUAGUUUUCGUACAAGUAAACCCGCGAGUCGCGUACGUGUAAAGUUAGAAGAAAUCACCGGAAGUCGUACCCUGGUAUCAUGAUCCUCUAUCGUUCGUACGGGCCCCAAGGACGACAGGAGCACGAAGACGAGGACGACGAUCCCGACGUUCGCUUCGUCAAGCAGACCCGUCGAAGCCGGUAGGCUGCCACCGGUGUAUGCGACCUUGUGCAACCGGAAGCGGCGUGCACGCGGCAAUUAACACCGCUGCUAAGUGAUAAUCUCGUCGAACCUCGCGAAGCUUCUGUGGAGAACUUUCGUCCUGGGGUGAGAUCUUGUGAAACGUUCAGAGAGCGUUCAUCCAUAGGAUGCCGAAGGAAGCUGUACGGGGCUUCAGAGAUGAACUUUGCGGAUUAAUUAACCAUCGAGUGAAUGGUUCCACCGAAACUUGAAAAAAAUGGUGUAAUAACACUCGUGCUGAGGAGAUUCCUAAAUUUCCUGGGUUAAUUAAGAACUUGGAACAGGAAGACUCCUGAACGUUCUUACAAGGGAAGCUGCCAGGUUUUCCGGCUUCUCCGAGAUAAGCCGUACAACCUUCUGGGUUAAUUAGCCAUCGAGUGUACAAGCUUUCGUUACUAGACCGUUGUGAACGUUAGUGCGUCCACGUUAAUUGCAAGCAAAUUGACCGUUAUCAAGAUCACGCGUCUUCUCAAGAGACCCUCCCCGCUCGUUAACACGCAUAUUUCCGGUGACCGCGUCUAUUCGGUAAUAAUUCUUAACGAGCGACCCACCUCGAGUUAUUCGUCGGGCUUUGAAGGAAUCGCGAGUUCCCCGAGUGCUUAAUGCUCCGAUAGCUUAAUCCCCGGCGUGAUUUCGCCGGUAGCUCGUUUAGCGCGAUCGGUGUUCUAUUAAUUAAAACUUUUCCACUUGUUUGCCCGGGAUUCGUGCGUCACACGAAGAAAUCGAACAGGUAGAGCUGCACGUCGAUCUUAAAUCCACGGUAAAAUCGUCGGAGGAAACGGAACAUCCAAUUAACUCGUGGAGAUUCAUUGGAAAGAACAAUAAAGGUCAAUCGGAAUCGAGCGGCGAACCGAUAUCGCGUUAUCGUUCGCGCGCCGAAUAGCUUAAACUUCGUUAACGAGAAACUCUGUUUCUCCCGAUUCCCAAUUGGGGCCCGGGCUUUGUGGAACGACCGCCUGUAGAGAGAAUCAGCUUUCUUAAGCUUGAAAAGGGUAAACGCCAUCCAUUCGGUGAGAGGAUCCUAUUUACUCGGCGAGGAAUCCCCGGUACGCGGCCGAAAUUGCUUUUCCCAGAGCUUUACGUCAAUUAUCUUUCAAAGAUUUCCGCCGCGGGACAAGCAAAGGCACUGCGACUCGCGUUCACGAAAUUUCCGAGCGUAUCUCGUUUCAUAUCACCGAUCGUACGAAACGACCCCUUUUAUAGCCGGCAGACCCCCGCCACCCCGUCGGACUCCUCGUUUCUUUGUCGAGCCGAUACACGCAUAAUGUUCGGAGUUAUCGAAGACGGGACAGAAGUUCGCGACGCGACGUCCAAUGGACCGAGAGCAAACGACGGAAGAAGACGUUGAGGAAGAGAAGCACCGAAUGGAGCGGACGAAAGAUUCUGGAGCGAAGGUUCGCCCAAUCGAUUCCCAAGAGAAGAAACUACGACCCCUUCGCGGUGGAGAUGGUCACUGGAUAACUUAAGCUUGUGUUCGACACCGAUUCGCGUUAAAUACUGUUGGCGAAUCACUGACCACGGGGAAGAGCAGUCUGCCACGAUUUUGUGUUAAUUAAGGAUCAUCCAUUGCCGGUGGCUGCGGUGUCAGCGUUUCGUUUUACUGUGCCAAGUAAACAUCGUCUCGAAAUUGAACGUAUUCACGAACGAAUUAUUUUCGUGUUUAAUUGUGCGUCCUUAAUUGAAAGCAGGACGAUAAAUCUGUGUGGAAGUACCUCUGGAAACGAGAGGAGGGUCGGGUGCAUCCGCUGGAUUCCAAGAUUCAGAGGAUGCGACGAAUCAUCGCAGCCGUCUAGCCGAACUCUCGACGAUCGAUAAAAGAAAGUUCGUCAACGAUCGCGGAGCGAGUCUCGUGAAAGCCCCGAGUACAGAGGUCGAGAGAAGAGGAAAGAUGAAAGGAAGGAAGAAACGCGGCGUCGACGGAUCGACGACCUGAUAGUCCUCUGGUUUGGCAGGGCGCGUGAAGCUCGCGUGCGAUCGAAAGAUGAACGAAAGCGCGAUCUACUUGCUCGGAUCGGAAGAAGAGGCAAUCGUAGCGAGCACACAUUUGAACAGAAGCUUCUACAACGCGAGCUACCCGCAGAAUAGCAGCACAGACAAUCUCUGGAAUCUGGCUACGGACAGAGCCGGCGUGGCGAUACUCUUGUUCUUGUUCUCAGUGGCCACCGUGUUCGGUAACAUGCUGGUGAUCCUAGCCGUCAUCAGAGAGAGGUACCUGCACACGGCGACGAAUUACUUCGUCACGUCGCUCGCGUUCGCGGACUGCCUCGUCGGAUUGGUCGUGAUGCCGUUUAGCGCGGUCUACGAGGUCCUCGAGAAUCGUUGGCUCUUUACGACGGACUGGUGCGACGUUUGGCGAUCUUUAGACGUCUUAUUCUCCACCGCGUCGAUCCUGAACCUCUGCGUUAUCAGCCUGGACCGUUACUGGGCGAUCACGGACCCGUUCACUUAUCCCAGCAAGAUGAGCAAGAAACGAGCCGCGAUUUUAAUUGCGAUCGUUUGGAUCUGUUCGAGCGCGAUCUCGUUCCCGGCAAUCGCGUGGUGGAGGGCGGUGAGGACCGAGACGGUACCAGAGAACGAAUGCCCGUUCACGGAACACCUCGGAUAUCUGAUCUUCUCGUCGACGAUCAGCUUCUACCUGCCCCUGUUCGUGAUGGUGUUCACGUAUUACAAGAUCUAUCGCGCCGCGGUGAUCCAGACGAAGAGCCUCAAGCUGGGCACGAAGCAAGUUAUAAUGGCCUCCGGUGAGUUGGAAUUGACUCUGAGGAUACAUCGCGGGGGCGGGACGAACACCGACGCCAGGCACCUGUUUCGCACCGCGUCCAGCACGCCGGAGGACCUUCAAGACCUCGAGGAGCCGCUAACGGCGAUACACAACAACUGUUUAACCAGGGUGCCGUCCGCCAGGAUCAAUAAGCAGCACAGGGGCAACAAUUUCUCGCUAUCGAGGAAGCUGGCCAAGUUCGCCAAAGAGAAGAAGGCGGCGAAGACUCUCGGGAUCGUGAUGGGUGUCUUCAUCAUCUGCUGGUUGCCGUUCUUCGUGGUGAACCUAUGGUCGGGAUUCUGCUCCCAGUGUAUUUGGCAAGAGAAGACCGUGUUCGCCGCGGUCACGUGGCUCGGAUGGAUCAACAGCGGUAUGAACCCGGUGAUAUACGCCUGCUGGAGCAGAGACUUCCGAAGGGCGUUCGUGAGGAUUUUGUGCGCCUGCUGCCCGGGACGGAUGAAACGGCGAUAUCAACCGGCAUUCAGAUACAAACCAAGUCAAUAUGUUUCCGGGACGAGUACAAGCGGCGAGGCGAGCCGCGUCAGUUACAGUAGCGUGAGCCAAAGCAGCGACGGAGGAGUCGGAACCAUUUUGCCAAGCGGCGGGAUUUGACGUCACACGGGGGCCCGGUCUGGGCCUCGUCGGGAACGUGCAAUUCGUUUCCGAGAUACGUGAUUGUAGUUUUUCACAUGCGAGGAUUCGACGUGGAAAUUUUGAUAUUGAAACGAGGAACCGCGUUGAAAAAACUAGUCAUUGACACUUGAACACCCGGCUUAAUUAAUUAAUUUAUUAAACGUAAAUGCAACGCUGGAUAUUUAAGUGUUAAUAAACGAUCCUCUCGGCUAAUAAAAGAAAGAAGACUGUCUUUCACUUUCGAAGGAAAAUAGAGUUGGUUAAGGGAAGCCAGGAAAUUGAACGGGCCCCAUGGUGACGAGACGAAUCGAGGGUUCGUGAAACGAAACGCGACGUGUUUUCCCUUCGAGUUUUACCGGCGGCGAAAAGUGGACCACGAAGAAGAAGCGUCACGCGCGACCCGGGACGCCAGAACAAUUUGCGCCCUUGUACAUAAAAGAGUAACAGUAGUUUCGCGUUUUGUACCAUCGCCGAAGGAAUCGAGUUUGCGAGCAAAGACAGCGCCGUAAAUCGAGCCAGACAGGCUCAUUUCCCUUUUUACGUUCGGAUACUUCGAUAGCCUUUUAGCGAAUCACACGGAAUCAUAAAUACAGCUGCGAUCGGUACUGCGACAAGAUUUCCAUCAUUUAACCCGUAACCGGCUUUGUAGGAGAUACAUAUGUAUUUAAUUCAUUGUGUAAAAUAUAAAUAUAGAAUCCUCGUUGAUCAGAGGAGUAAAAGUUAAUUUAUGCGAAAUCUCAUUAAAUAUAUAAAAGCAUCCAAUGCUGAUUUAGGUUUGAAAAUUACCAACUCUCAUAACGUAUAAUUAUUUUGGAAGAGAGAGAGAAAAAGUUUGACGACGCUGGCUGCGGGUUAAACGCAUUAAAAAUGAAUAUUGUUUCGUUUCGAUACGGUUGAUCAUUGCCCAUUUCUGGGAACCGUGAAUAGGACUUCACGAAAUAUAGCCUUACGUUGAACGUAUGAAUAAAAGACUGAUCGAACAUUUACGCAGUAUUGUAAUAACCACAUAAGCACGUCUCGUGCUGAUUAAUUAGUAGAUCACGGAUGCUUAAGAAGAAGUGAAACGAAUCUUAAUUUCAACAUCCGCAAUCUAUUAAUAAUACGAAUUAUGCACGAAGAUGGUUGAAAAUGAUUACUCACGUUCAGCAGGUUUCCUGUAGACAGUGAUCCCUCGUGUCGAUACAUUUCCGAAUGGUAGGAAUGAAGCCAGAGAGCACAUAACGAAGAACGUGUGGACCUAGCGAUGAACGAAGCAAAAGAGUGAGAAGAGGAAGACGAAACACUUGUCGCGAGAAAAUUGACACCGUGUCCUAGAAAAGAUUACGCACCCCGAGCGCGAACGAAACAAGACUGGGUUGACUUUGACCUAGCGACGCCGAUCGCCAGGUGGUUCCUCGAACUUUGUUUACAUCAGCGCGAAACGAAUAACAAGGCCGAUGUAUCUUAACCGAAUAAGCAAACCAAUUGUGUAUAGCCUGAUUAAUGUUCAAUAGCAUGAUUUCGACAUACACCGUGGCGUUGAUCGCCGAUCGUGUGAACAAAUUGUACGUUGUAUGUAUUGUAUCUACGUACCCGUUGAAUUCAGUUUGUGAGUUAAUUCGGUCGAACUGAUGCUCUACGUGUUGUUUAAUUAAUUAAAUAUUACGCGAUCGUUUUCUCUAUUCACGGAACGUGUCUGGACGUUAUACGAUUAUCAUGUAAUGGACAAUCUUUAUUCGAUAGACGGAUACAUGCAUAUGUACGUACCACCUCGUCCACUCUCGAUAGCGGAUAUUUUUGCAAAAGACGACUACUUAUUUUACCACGAUUAUCUUCGACCGUUAGAGAGUUCAUCGUUGUACAUAAUACAUCACCGUGUAAUUGUAAAUAUUAGAACAAUCGAGUUAUGUAUGUAAAACGUAUACGUAAUGUAUGAGAAAUUGUAACAAAGCGUGUGUAUCAGUAUGAAUAUAUGCAAACGUUUCUUCGGACAAAAGUACACGGCAUUAAUUUAAUCCUAUCUUCGCUGAACAACAAACGGUUAACGAGAUAUUUGCUGUUCAGGGAAAAUCACGACAUAUUCGCUUGUUACGAUUAAUAAUUAUUUGCAUGUAAGACUAAAACCUGGCUAGCUACUAACCAUGUAUCGCAGAAAAUGGAAGAACCAUUGAUGUGGAAAUAAAUGAAUGACUUUCCUCGGAGUUCGAAUCAACGAAGA